CUGUUGCUCCAGUGUCAGCUCAGCUCUUUUCCGGUGGUGUUCACUUUCUUUGUCGGAAAGAAACAAUCAUUAAAAAAGUGUUUUUCUCCGCCGCGGCUGCUGCAACAUGGCGGGAAACUUCUGGCAAAGUUCUCAUUAUUUGCAGUGGGUUCUGGAUAAACAGGACCUGAUGAAGGAGCGACAGAAGGACCUGAAGUUUCUCACAGAGGAGGAGUACUGGAAACUGCAGAUCUUCUUUGCCAAUGUGAUCCAGGCUUUAGGGGAACACCUGAAGCUGAGGCAGCAGGUGAUCGCCACGGCAACUGUCUAUUUCAAACGCUUCUAUGCCAGGUACUCCCUGAAAAGCAUAGACCCAGUGCUCAUGGCGCCUACUUGUGUUUUCCUUGCUUCCAAAGUUGAGGAAUUUGGAGUUGUAUCCAAUACCAGGUUGAUCUCUGCAGCGACAUCUGUGUUAAAGACUAGAUUUUCCUACGCCUUCCCAAAGGAGUUUCCUUACAGAAUGAAUCAUAUAUUGGAAUGUGAGUUCUACCUUCUGGAGUUGAUGGACUGCUGCCUGAUCGUGUACCACCCGUACAGACCACUGCUGCAGUAUGUGCAGGAUAUGGGACAGGAGGAUAUGCUGCUGCCUCUGGCCUGGCGAAUAGUGAAUGACACGUACAGGACUGAUCUGUGUCUGCUCUACCCCCCCUUCAUGAUCGCCCUGGCCUGUUUGCAUGUUGCCUGUGUGGUUCAGCAGAAAGAUGCCAGGCAGUGGUUUGCUGAGCUCUCUGUUGACAUGGACAAAAUCUUGGAGAUCAUCCGUGUGAUUCUGAAGCUCUACGACCAGUGGAAGAACUUUGAUGACAGGAAGGAAAUAGCUGCUGUGCUCAACAAGAUGCCUAAACCCAAACCUCCUCCUAACAGCGAGAGCGACCAGAGCUCCAACGGGAACCAAAGCAACUCUUACAGCCAGUCUUAGCGCGGGUCUGCGUUUCCAUGGGCAUCAAAAGGGUUUGAUGUCGAGAGGGGCGGACCUUCUUUUUUAAACAAAAAAUGUCACACAGCACAAACUUUUCAAUGUCCGUUUGGAAAAAUCACUGAUCGAGAUGUCCCCUCAUCCUCAGCGGACACCCGUGACAGGCCGUGCUCCUCUGCUGCAGACUUGAUAUAAACUGAAACUGAUGAACAUUUUGUGGGAGGGGGAGGCCACGAAUAUGGGGCUUUAAACUUUGUCAUUUUGAUGAGCCUGACGUCCUUGAAUAGCCCAGGAGAGCAAGUCCUAAUAUACGCUGCCCCCCUGGGUUUAGAGAAACAAAACUUGAUCACUUGUACUGUGUUUGUGAGUGUCUGUGUGAGUGUGUGUAGAACACGUCAGCGGCCAGUCUGUGUGGGUUUUCAUUCCUCAGGGACUAUAGUGCAGUAGUCUUCUCUGUAAAUGUAUUGGAUCCUGUGCUGUUGGGUCUGAUUUGGAUAUCACCCUGUGCAACUGUGGUGUGAUUGGACGGCCCUGUGCUUCGAUGGUCGAUUGUGAAAAUCCCCAAAGCGGCUCGUCUUAGACUUUACUGUUUUGAAUCAUGAUGGCUCAACCUCUUUCCUCACUUUUGUAAAUAGCUUUGUAAUCCUUUUAUUUUAUCUCUGUCAUGUCUUUGCCUUAUUAAAGACACUUUAAUGGAAAUCAUGUGGCGGUUUAGCUUCGGGCUUGCGCUUCAGAUGAAAGUGUCCCAAUUAAUUUCACCAUCAUGAUUCACUAAUUAAAGCUGAUUAUUUGUAUUGUAAAUAAUUGUCCCUUUAUUCUGCUUUAGCUGUAGAACUCUUUGAAAGCUAUCUUUUUUUGUUUAUAUUUAGCCAAGGCCUUUUUGGGUGGAUAAAUGCAAAUUUCAAUCGUUUUAGAUUUGUCUAUAAACUUUGGUUUGUGCAUUGUUAUUUUUAAUUUACCUUCUGCCAUUUAUUUAAUCACUGAGUUGUGGCAGUGUGUGCGUGCGUGCCUGUAUAUGUGAGUGUGUGGCUGCGCUCGGAACAAGGUGCUCGAAAGCCUAACAAAAUACACGCUGCUGGUCACAGAGGAAACCCUUUAUAACAGCACAUUGUAAAAUGUAAUUAAGGAUUCAAGUAUUAAUUUGAUUCGCUGUCAUUCUUUCUCCUGUUUACUUGUCCCACAUUAACGGGGAUAUCUACAUCUUGUUAAAGGCCACUCCCAUGUAACUACUGAGGAGACAGAAGUGACAGAGAGAAUCCUUGAAGAGAGUUCGAUCCCGCCUUCAUCUGACAUUUUCCUCCCCUGCGGCAUCCUCCAUCUGUUACAUGAGUGUUCUCGUGAAUGGGCAAUAUAAAAUGUAAAGGGCUCAACCCAACUAAAAGAAUACUACUAUUUCUGAUUUAAAUUUUUUUCCAAAAUUAGUUUUACUUGAAAGUCUUGUUGGAUCAUAUUUUGAGGAUCAAUUAUGAUAAUAAAAUGUAAGAUGUGAUCAAUUAAAA